AACUGUUUGACAAAAUGAAUGAAUGAAGACUUUUCGCGUUGUUUAUGCUUCUGACUAUAGGAAUUAAUUUUUGUUGUUCUGUCACUUUCAUGUCAUGAUCAUUAGGUGCUAGAGUUAAGGCAUCGUGAUUCAAUUUUUUGGAUUCCGUUUGUUGUGUUCUUGUCCUGGUUUGUUUUCCUUUCGGCUGUUUGGUGAAAUGUGUGGCUAAAACAGAAGUUUCAUUACUUUCUCUUCAGCAUAGCAUACAAAGUCCUUUUUUUCCUUUGAAUGUUUUAAUGGUAUUUGUUUGGGUAGGUUGGGAUGGCGAGUGAGAAUGAUGCAGUGAAGAAAGCAAUGAUAGUUGAUGCUCGGGCUAGAAACAUUAGUCCCAAUGUGAGGUGCACGGAGUGUGGGAGUCAAUCCAUUGAGGAUUCUCAAGCAGACAUUGCCAUUUUGGUAGAAAGCACUUGUACUGUUUCUCAGUUAAUUCAUGAUGAAAUUGGGGCUGGAAAGAGUGACAAGGAAAUCUACAAGAAGCUUGAGGACGAUUUUGGAGAGACUGUGCUCUAUACGCCCAAGUUUGAAAUGCAAACAGCAGCUUCGUGGUUAUCACCUGCAAUAAUUGCUGUUGCAGCUACAGGAGGAUGGGCUUACAAGAAGCAUAAACAAAAGACUAAUGUCCAUAUCAUGGCUCUGGACCUUGUUAGAGGUGUUUUAUUGACCCUAAAAGAGAAGCAGACAAUGUUUGAUAUCCUUACGCUACCUCCUUCACAGGGAGCUAGAACACCCUUCUGGUGGAGAGGAGAUGAUAAGGUCAAUGAUCAUGUUGACCAUCUACUAUUAUGACUUGAAGAAAACCUUUGAUGUGGUACAUGUUUGUGACAGUAAGUUUCACUUUUAUGUUAAUCCACAAAUUUUCCAGCCUGGGAUUGUAA